GUGGUCCUUAGAGAUGAUGGAGUAUAUCGCUGCCAGGCUCAGAAUAUGGCUGGUAUUGGUGCCGCUAACAUUACUAUUAGUGUCUUUGUCCCCCCACCAGUUAUACUUGAUCUUAAUAAUCUCAAUGCCACCAUUGGUCUCAAUAUUACACUCAACUGUACAGCAUCAGGUUUUGGUCUUACAUAUGAAUGGGAUCUCAUUCCUUGUGGCCCUGGUUGUAUGACUAGUGGAUUUGAUACUCCAAUACUGUCAGUGGGACCUAUUGUUUUUGGAUCAGCUGGGGAACAUGUUUGUAAUGUCACUGAUUUUAUAGGACAGAAGGUUUCAAAGAUCAUUACUAUCACACCAUUGGGUCCUACUUUAUUAUCAUCAAAUGUGUCAAAUUGUGCUGCCACUCCAAUACUAGUGAUCAAUGGAACCAAUGAGUUCCUAGAAUGUUCAUUCCAGAACAGACCUGAUGCUCCAUAUAACCUCACUGUUGACUGGUUUAUAAGUGGACAAAGGUUUGGGACCCCUCGGGCCAAUAAUGCUAGUACCUUUGUAACUACCACUCCUGAGGAUGAAAGCAGGAUUGUAACAACAACAAUAUCUUUUAAUCCGCUUUGA